UUCUAACAUGAGUUACGAUCCAGAAAAAUCAGUUGGUGCUUCAGCUGAUUUAAAAAAGAAAUCUAGUUACGACUCUUUUGAAAAAUCUUUGGAAGAUAAUUCCAAUUCUGCAGCCGAAGUUUCUAAUGAGAAAUUAAACUUUAUUGAUAGAUGGGCCGGUAAGUUGAAUGCUGAAACCAAGGGUAUUGAGUUGAUUACCGAUGAGGAGAAAACCGAAUCGUCGGUUUUGAAUGCUGCUACUAUGUGGUUGUCAGCUAAUUUGGUUAUUGCAACUUUUUCCUUGGGUGCCUUGGGUAUCACGGUAUUUGCUUUGAGUUUCUGGCAAGCAGUCUUGACCAUUAUCUUUUUCGCUUUAUUGGGUGCUACCCCAGUGGCUUACUUUUCUGUUUUCGGUCCUAAAUUAGGUUUAAGACAAAUUUUCUUAUCGAAGUAUCUUAUGGGUAACUAUGCCAUGAGAAUCUUUGCCUUUAUUAAUAUGGUGGCUUGUGUUGGUUGGGGUGCAGUCAAUAUCAUGGCUAGUGCUCAGUUAUUGAACAUUGUUAAUAACGGUGCUUGUCCUCCUUGGGCCGGUUGUCUUAUUUUAAUUAUAUGUACUAUUCUUGUCACCUUUUUCGGUUAUCACGUUAUUCAUGCUUAUGAAAAGUAUUCUUGGAUUCCAAAUGCAAUCAUUUUCCUUAUCAUCAUUGCUAGAAUGUCAAUGAGUGGUAACUUUGAAUUUGGUGAAAUGAAAGGUGGCCCAGUAACCGCUGGUCAUGUCUUGAGUUUUGGUGGUACCGUUUAUGGGUUUGCCACUGGUUGGACUACUUAUGCUUCGGAUUAUACCGUUUACCAAAGAAGAGACUCUAAUCCUUGGAGAAUUUUCUUUGGGAUCUUGAUUGGUUUAUAUACUCCUCUUGUUUUCACUCUUAUCUUGGGUGCUGCUUGUGCCACUGGUACUUUGAAAGAUGCACGUUGGAAUGAAUUAUACCAAGCCAAAUCUAUCAGUGGGUUGGUUUAUGCUAUCCUCGUUGAAAAAUCAUUACACGGAUUUGGGGAAUUCUGUUGUGUUUUAUUAGCUUUAUCAACCGUUGCUAAUAAUAUCCCAAAUAUGUAUUCGGUUUCUUUAAGUGCCCAAGCCCUCUGGUCAAAAUUAGCUAAAAUUCCAAGAGUCUUUUGGACCAUUGUUGGUAACUUUGUUACUUUAGCAAUUUGUAUUCCUGCUUAUUAUGAAUUCGAUUCUGUCAUGGAAAAUUUCAUGAAUUUAAUUGGUUACUACUUGGCCAUUUAUCAAGCAAUGUGUCUCCUGGAACAUUUGAUUUGGAAUAGAGGUAACUUUGCCGCUUACGAUUAUGAAAACUUCCAAGAUAAAACCAAGUACCCCGUUGGUAUUGCUGGGAUCUUUGGUUUCUGCUGUGGUGUUGCCGGGGUGGUUAUUGGUAUGGAUCAAACCUGGUACGCCGGUGUUAUUGGUAGAAGAAUCGGUGAAGGUGGUGAAAUUGGUUUCGAGUUGGCCUUUGGCUUUGCCUUUAUUGGUUUUAACUUGGUUAGACCUUUGGAAAAGAAAUAUAUUGGCCGUUAAU